AUGGCUGUGGAGAACCGAACGGUGACUGUGUUUGUCCUGCAGAGCUUCACCCAGGACCCCUGGCUCCAGGCGGCCCUCUUCUGCCUCUUUUUCACCCUGUUCGAAGUGGCCCUGGUGGGAAACAGCUUGAUCAUUGCAGCCAUCCGCUGCAGCUCCCAUCUGCACACCCCCAUGUACUUCUUCCUAGUCAACCUGGCUGUGUUGGACAUGGUCUGCACCUCAUCCAUCCUGCCCAAGGUGCUGCAGAGCCUGGUGGCAGACAGCACCAUCUCCUUUGGAGGCUGCCUCAGCCAGAUGUUCUUCUUCACUUGGUCACUGAGCUCUGAGCUGCUGCUCUUCACUGCCAUGGCCUAUGAUCGCUACCUGGCCAUCUGCUGGCCACUGCAGUAUGGCAUGCUCAUGAGAGGCAGGGUCUGCAUAGCCCUGGCAGCCUUCGUGUGGUCCAUGGGAGCAUUCAACGCCUCCCUGCUGACUGGCCUGGUCCUGCAGCUGAACUUCUGCGGCCCCAACCUCAUCGCGCACUUCUUCUGUGAGAUCCCACCCCUGCUGCUGCUGUCGUGCAGCUCGACCUUCCUUAAUGACGUCAUGACCGUCACUGCAGACAUAUUCCUGUCGGGUCUGAACUUCCUGCUGACCACGGUGUCUUACGGCUGCAUCAUUGCCAGCAUCCUGCACGUCCACUCGGCCAAGGGCAAGCGCCGCACCUUCUCCACCUGCUCCUCCCACCUCAUUGUGGUCACCUUGUACUACUCCACUGUGCUCUACACUUAUGUCCGGCCUGCUCUUGGCUCCACCAGGCUCCCAGACAAGCUUGUCACUGUCCUAUACACCAUCGUGACGCCCACUUUGAACCCCCUUAUCUACACCCUGAGAAACAAGAAGUUUAAAGCAGCCCUUAGGAAACUCUUCCCUAGUUCCCCUAAGUGACCAUGCAAAGAAGAGAGACUUGGCCAGACCUUCAGAAGCACUAUGACGUUUCCCCCAGGGAGG